AUGACUACACAACCACCACAGGAUCGCAUCGCCUCUCACGGCCGCGGUGGAGCAGGCAACAUUGUUCCUGACACCAACACUGCGUACACCAAGCCCGCAGACCUCGUCACUCCUACGAUCAAGUCGAACACAUACACGACCGGCCGCGGUGGACAAGGCAACAUGGCAAAGAACGACGACCCGAACAACGCCCGUCUUGCACAGGAUGUCGAAGGCCCCACUACGGUAUCUGAGCCCAAGGGCGCCGUGCACUAUGGACGUGGUGGAGCUGCCAACAUCAUCUCUGAUAAGGAGCGCAAGAGUGGCGAGGCCAAGCGCAGCGAGUCUGGCGCUUCUGGCGAGCAGGGUCUGCUGUCAAAAGUCAAAGGCUUCUUCAAGGCGCUUAGCAACAAGAACAGGAAGGAAAUACCGAAGCAGGGUGUCUUUGUUUGGUUUAAUGUUUAUCACGGUGGAUACAGGAAGGGCUUGGUUUGCGGUAUAGGACUACUCGACACACUUAAUACGAUUGCUAUCUUCAACUGGUUUUCCCAGGCUCUCACUUUCCAGGCACUUGCGAUCGAGGCAAACCGCGAUAUCCUCGUCUGCUUAUUCCCAUGCCACCUCGGCUCGUGCUGCGGACGCUCCACCUUCUCCAUCUGCCUGUAGCUGCUUCUGUGCUUACAUAUGCUGCUCUCACAUAUGCGGUCGUUAAAGGGCUACAUGAUGACGCAUUUCCAUAAUCCAUCCUCCUCCUGCAUGGGCAACACGCUUUCGAGUCUGACUCGAAGAUCACUGUCCACGCUUGGAAGUUAAACCGCGCCCUGCUAGUAAUAGACAGCUUCACUCCAUAACAGGAUAAGUGUUUGUGCAACAGGUUGCGAUGUGAUGAGUAGGCGAAAGCAUCACAUCGUGCUUUGGCCAGCGGAGUUUGAUGUAGUCUGAGAAGGCCAACUCGCCAAAUGCUCACUAUCAUCCUUUGUCCUCCAUCAAUAUUGAGGCGUCUACCAUUCAUUGGUCCUUGCGACAAUACAACGGCCGAAGCGGAAUAUCCUUACAAGUAGCUGUGUUAGGCUUACAAACGAAGUAUGAGCUAGAUAUUUUAACGCGUCCACCAAAAGAAA